AGAGAAAACUUAAGGAGAAAAAGAGUGAAAGAGGAGGGUGGGGGAGGAGGAAAGGGAGAGAGAGCAGAUCGGAGGAGAGGAGAGUUUGGGAUUCAUCGACGAGGGCAGGUAGCAGCUGCAGCAUCAUGAAGGCUAUUGGUGUUGGAUAUUCUCCUGUGCUGGUGCUCCUGGUGCUGGGGGCAGUCUGUGGCCAGAGGAGGCCGAAACCAGGCCGCAUGCCCAGCGCCAGGAGGCCCACCGCCCCCCAGCCGGAACCCAAGGAGCCCACAGACUUCCCUCCUCCCAUCCUGGGACCGCCGUCCAUUUUCCCAGACUGUCCGCGGGAGUGCUUCUGUCCGCCCUCCUUCCCCGAAGCCCUCUACUGCGAGAACCGCAACCUCCGGCAGGUCCCCGCCAUCCCAUCCCGCAUCCACUACCUCUACAUCCAGAACAACUACAUCGACGAGGUGACGGCCGAGCCCUUCCAGAAUGCCACCGAGCUCCGCUGGGUCAACCUGGACAACAACCGCAUCCGCAAGGUGGACCGGCAGGUGUUCGAGAAGAUUCCCCACCUCCUCUUCCUCUACCUGGGGAGGAACAGCCUGAAGGAGGUCCCCGGCGACCUGCCCAGCAGCCUGGAGCAGCUGCGUCUCAGCCGGAACCAGAUCUCCAAGAUCCCUGCCAACUCCUUCUCCAAGAUGGACCACCUGGCCUUGCUGGACCUGCACCACAACAGGAUCGGCGACGGUGCUGUGAGCAAGAACGUCUUCAAGGACCUGAAGAACCUGGUCCAGCUGAACCUGGCCCACAACACCCUGAAGAAGAUGCCAGGCAACGUUCCUCAGAACAUUUACCAGCUCUUCCUGGACCGGAACAACAUCGAGGACAUUCCAAAGGAUUACUUCCAAAACUUCCCCAACCUAGCCUUCGUCAGGCUGAAUUAUAACCAGCUGACUGACAAGGGGAUCCCCAAGAAGGUGUUCAAUGUGUCCAGCCUUCUGGACCUGCACCUGUCCCAUAAUAAACUGAACAACGUGCCGAACUUCAACCACCGACUGGAGCACCUGUACCUCAACAACAACAACAUUGAGCGCAUCAACGGCACGGAGCUCUGCCCCUUCCCAGUGAUGUCACCCGUGCUGAACGAGGAGGACUUGCCCAGGCUGAGCUACUUACGGCUGGAUGGGAACCAGCUCAGCCCCCCCAUCCCCAUGGACGUCAUCAUGUGCUUCAGGCGCCUGAAAUCCAUCGUCAUCUAGAGCCUCCCCAGCAACAUGCUGCCACCAACGAGCAGGCCGCUUUCCUAGAGUACCGUCUCUCCAUCCAUAGACUGGAUGAGUUCUAUAGAUGCAGUUCACCUUGAUACAACGCACCUCUACUGGCCCUAUUGUGGAACAAAAUGCACCAAAAAUGUACAUGAGAAAAAUUCAAUAGCAAGGUCUCAUUCCAAAUGUAAUGCCAGGGUUACUCACAAACAUCUUUGAACUCAAUGUGUGGACAGUUUAAUUGACUUCUACCCGAAGAAUACCAACUGUGUGCAUCUGAGAAAUGUCCCAUGCAGGCAGACUCGUAUGGAACUUGAAUUUCAAUAUAGUAAUAUCUUACAAAACUUUCUUCAUUAAAGCACAUAUCAGCUUCAAAAUUCAUAGCUGAGAUAUUAGCGGGUGUAAUUUAUGUCUUAGAAUAAAACACCUGUGAAUAUCUCACAUGAAGCUAGGUGGUUUAAAGUAAGUUGCUAAGAAGAUCCUAUAAUAAAACUGCGAUGACACCAUGUGAAAAUAAAAUUUUGUGGAGUAAGAGGCAGUAAGAGCAGUUGUCUGGCAGUCGGAGGGUUGCCGGUUCGAUCCCCCACCCGGGCUGUGUCGAAGUGUCCCUGAGCAAGACACCUAACCCCCAAAUGCUCCUGAUGAGCUGGUCGACGCCUUGCAUGGCAGCCAAUCGCCGUCGGUGUGUGAGUGUGUGUAUGAAUGGGUGAAUGAGAAGCAUCAAUUGUACAGCGCUUUGGAUAAAGGCGCUAUAUAAAUGCCAACCAUUUACCAAUUUACCAAUGUUUAUGAGUAACUGCUGGCAUUGUAUUUGAAAAGAGAUGUUUCUGUAGAGAUUUCUGCACACUGAGCACCACAGGAUUGUGGAUAGAGACAGAGGUUGUUUGUAUCAUGGAGAACUGCAUCUAAAAAACCCAGGAUGGAUAGACAGUUCAUUCAGGUGAAACAGCUUCUUUAAACGCUCACUGACAGCUCAAAUCCACCACAUCUAAAGCUUCACUACAAACACACUUCUGCUGACCUUACUGCACACACACGUGCACACACACAUGCGCACACACAGACACACACAUGCGCACACAGAUACACACAGACCUGUUUUCUGCAGCUGAACUUUAUGGUCUCUGAGGCAGCGAGACCAUGCCCAGCACACAGAGGAACAAUAACCUUGUGACCGCAGAUUAUUGAAGAGUUGCUUUAACAAUGACACCCAUGCAUGGAUAUUACUGCAAUUAACAUAUUACUUUUAUUAAGUUGUGUUUAUAGUAACAUACAAAUAAUAAUUAUUAAAAGAAUAAGUGAGUUAAACCUAAAAAUAAAGGUACAUUAACUGACCUACUACAUGCUUAGAGUGUAGUUACAACAGUGUGGUUUAAAAAUACACAUGAAAUGCUUUGAGGUGCAAUUCUAAUAUAUUCACACAGUCAAGAACACACAUGACUACCAUGUAGUUGAACAGUCUUCAGUGUACCUGUGUUUUUAAGGUACUGUCUGUAAAAAGAUAAUUUUAUCUUUAUUGUGCAUAAAUCAGAUCUAUAAAAUGAAACCUGUUGUGUAUCAUAAAGUCAGCUGUGUCCACAGGCCAGGACACGUUCUGAUGUACCUGUCAAACACACACCUGUAAUAACAGCCUGGCCCAUGUUCUGAUGUACCUGUCAAACACACACGUGUAAUAACAGCCUGGCCCAUGUUCUGAUGUUCUGUCAAACACAUGUUUGUGUAAUUCCCAUGUGACUGCCUGGCCAAUGUAUUGAUGUCAAAACCAUAUUUUCAUUUUUCUUCAAAAGAUAAAAUGCAGUAUCCUGACAAAGAAAUCAACUGCAAAAAUGUAUCACAGCUUUGGUCGGGCUGAAAAGGCAGAGCUUGCCUGUCCAAAAUAUUACAAAAUAUAUAUAUUUUUAAAUCCUUUUUUGCAUGAUUUCAGAGAAGAAUUCUACAAGUAUUACCUAUGCAUUCACUCUGGCACUUAAAACCAUACUUCCCUCUUGGGUUUUCAGCGCACUUGUCCCUGAUUAUGAUUUGCACUUUAUUGUACAUCACUAAUGAAUAAGAGCAACUGCCCAAAUGACUGUAAUGUAA